AUGGGUGCCCCCCUCCCCGCCCUCCCCUCCUCCCUCAACUCCAGCGCCGAGGAAGCCGAGCCGGAGGCAGUGCUGAGCCGGAUAUGCAGCGACUCCCCGCAUCCCUCCUUGGCAGAGCGCGGUGACGCCGCGGCAGCCACCACGGAGAGGACACAGGACCCCCCCCUGGGCCCGCCAUGCCCCUUUGAGGGGGUGGCCUGGACCCCGAGACCCCCGCAGGGCCCCCCGCAGGGCUGCUUCGCCUGCAUCGCCAAGCCCCCAGCUCUCCGGCAAGCUUCGCCCGUCCUGUCUCCUUCUUCUGCCGUUUAUCUCAUGGAGAGCAAGAGCUGCAAAGGGGACAGCCUGCGGCCAGCGGUCCCGUGCAAGCACUCGGUGGAGAAGAAGACGAUGACCAACCCCACCACUGUCAUUGAAAUCUACCCAGACACCACCGAGGUGAACGACUACUAUCUCUGGUCCAUCUUCAACUUUGUAUACCUCAACUUCUGCUGCCUUGGCUUCAUCGCCUUGGCCUAUUCAUUGAAAGUCCGGGAUAAGAAACUCCUCAAUGACUUAAAUGGAGCAGUUGAAGAUGCCAAGACAGCCCGGCUUUUUAACAUCACCAGCUCAGCCCUUGCCACCUUCUGUAUCAUCCUUAUCUUCAUCUUCCUGCGAUACCCUCUCACUGACUACUGAGUGAGGCCAACAGCAGCUGCUGCCGCCAAAAUGCCUCUAUGCCAGAAGUGUCUGCAGUUUCUUGUAGCAAGGACACACAAAACAAGCCAACCACUACACCUUGAUUGCCAAAAAAAAAAAAAAAAAAGUCAAUUAAAUACAUAAAUAAAUGUUAAAUUAGUUUAUCAGCCCAGCUGAGCAUACCUUUCUUGCCCUGAAAUGGUAUGUGAACAGCUGAAGGAAAGGGCCUGACUCUUACACGUGUACAGGAAGAAAAAUAGACCAAGGAAUAUUUGUUUUAUGGCCAACAAGCUGUGUGAAAAGAGCGUGCAAAGCCCAGAGCUACGCACACUUAGUGGCAGACAGCUGAGCUCUGGGAAGCAGUGGGGUCCUGUGGAGCUGGAGACACAUGCAGUGAUGGAUGGGGAUCAUGGCAGGGCUGGCUUACAACAUAUCAGGUGUGUUCAGACCGCCCCACCACCCCCAGCUUGAGGGGGUUUCUUUUCCUUUUUUUUUUCUCUUGAAUUCCAUCCACUGGUUCAAACAACUCCCAACCCCUGGAGAGCUGAAGGUGUUAGGAAGUUUAUGCUGGGGAGCCCCAAAGCCUCCAGAGAAACGCCAAAGUGUGAAAGGGCAGGUUUCUCCUUGGGAUCUCCUAGCAGUGCUGAGAAGGAAGGCACCUUCUGGAGAACUCGCCUAAGCCACCUAAUUGGAGUGCUACUGUAUUUCUGUAAACAGUCAAUAAAAAUAUACCUCUGAUAUGUGA